AUGAAUCCAACUCAUUUUCACGGAUGGAGAUUCGGCGCAUUAACCUCGUGCAUUCUGGUUGGGAUAUGCUUGGGCCUCAAUGUCGCGGCGACCAUCUAUGUUCGCGUGACGUACCCUCCAAGCAGCGAUAAUCUAGGACUCAUACAGGAGAGCGAUUGCGACCACAUUCACAGCGUGGACAGCAGGCUGCACUACGCCCUCAAUGUAGUGGCGACCGUGCUGGUUAGUGCCAGCAACUACAACAUGCAAUGUUUGACGUCUCCGACACGAGCCGAAGUAGAUCAAGCCCACGCUCAGCGUAGAUGGUUAGAUAUCGGCGUUCAUUCGAUUCGCAAUCUUUCUUUCAUUGGGAGGGCUAAGUUGGCAUUAUGGUUGGCUCUCCUAGUGAGCACUCUCCCUUUGCACCUCCUGUGGAACUCGGCUGUAGUGAUGACAACCACCUUCAAUGAUUACAGCGGACUCGUUGUCACUGAGAACUUUUUAGAAAGCCGCAGUGAUAUUGGACUAGAUUGUACCAGUCGGGCAAUGGAAGAAUACCGAAGCUCCAACAUGUCCAGCUAUGUCACUUGCUGGUUGUUUGAUCAGGCCCGGAACAACCGCAGCAGCCUGACGCAGAUGGAUCCCAGUCGUUGCAUCUCUACCUAUCAAGCCGGUUUAGAAGGGCGGUCGUUCAAUAUGCUAGCUGUUACCAAGCAGAGCGAUGCAUUGAACCAAUCGACAACCUUUCCCCCUCCGAGAAAUACGACUCUGCCAGUGCUGGCGUAUUUCCAUCCUCUGGACUAUCCGGAUCAGAUUGAGCAAUGGUGUAGCGGAUUGUGCCAACGAUGGGGGCAAGGCAAUAAUAGCACGAAGUUCUGCUUCGAUGAGAACUGGGAUGAAGCAGCGGUUCCAUUUGCUUGCCAGGAGCAUAAGGUUAACGGGACGGGUUGGGAGCCCAACGCGCUGUCGCAAACGAGCUCUUGGAUGUGCCACCCCGACGCCAUCUUAUAUGGUGAAUGCAGCGGGUCCGCGGCGACGAGGAAUGCCACGAAAUGGACCAUCCUACCGGAGCAUUAUGAGAUCGAUCAUUGUCUUGUAACAAAUGCCAGCCAUACCUGCCAGCUGCUGUACAGUCCGAUUAUCUUAUACAUUGCGAUUGCAUGCAAUACCAUGAAGUUCAGUUCCAUUCUUCUAUGUCUCCUUGUCUCCCGCGAACCGACUCUCGCAACCAUCGGUGAUGCAUUAGACUCUUUCUUAAGGUCCCCCGAUAUGGCUUCCAAGGGGCAAUGCCUCCGUUCCAAAAUGGACGACACGAUAUUCCCUGACCCAGACGACAUGGGUUCUACACAGGCACAACGUUGGCAGCAUGGAGAAGGUUGGUUAGGGCGGUGUUAUCAGGGUACAUCCGUGAGGCGCUGGGGAGCAUGCAUCCUCUUGUGGCUCGCCAGCAUCAUCGUAGGCCUCGUUUUCCUCUUCAAGGGCAUCAACCUCGUCGGGGCACAGAACGCUUUCACGAUGGGGUUUGGUGCCCUUAGUUUAAAUGCCAUUGUCAACACAUCCGGUUACCAAGGAGGCACGGCCGCGUCCAUUGUCACCACAUCGAUCGUGGCGAACCUCCCACAGCUGCUACUCUCUGGAUUGUACUUUAUGUACAACGCUGUGCUCACGGGCAUGGCAUCCGCCUAUGAGUGGAGUAUGUUCGCCUACCAGCAGACCACGCUUCGAGUGACCCUUCCCUGGGGAGCCCAGAGAGAAACGUACUGGUUACAGCUUCCGUGGAGAUACUCUCUGCCACUCCUCGCCUGUAGCACCAUUAUACACUGGCUGAUCUCACAAUCAAUCUUUCUGAUCAAUCUGAAAAUCUACCAGCCGAACAACGAGCUCUUGACACGGCCCAACACUCACUUCCCUAGUGCGAGUGAUAGUGGCGUGAUCACGGCCUGUGGAUACAGCCCACUUGCUAUCAUCACAGCGAUCGCCGUGGCAAUUCUUAUGUUUGCCGUACUCACCACAGUUAGCACCUUCAAGCUGAAGCCGGACAUCCCGGUGGUCGGCAGUUGCAGUGUUGCCAUAAGUGCUGCGUGCCAUCCCCCAGAAGAGGAUUCCGAUGCGGCAGGUAAGCCUCUGUCCUGGGGUGCGGUGCGACAUCAGGAGGGCGAUCGGCCGGGGCAUUGCUGUUUGACUUCGCAGACCGUAGAGACGCCACGAUAUGGCGAGUUAUAUGCGGGAUAG